CAAGAUUGAAGAACAAGAACAAGUGUGAUUCUCAAAGAAUAAGACUUAUGGCAUCAACAGGUCAGAACUUGAGCCACAAGGCAGGGGAACUCACUGGUCAAGCCCAGAUGAAGAAAGACGAGGUAGUGAACCAGGCAUCUAAUGUGGCUCAAGAUGCAUCAAACAGGGCUUCUACCAAUGCUGAUCAUAAUAACCCUUCUCUCACCUCCCAGGCCACCAAUUUUCUUCAACAGACUGGGGAGCAAAUGAAGAGCAUGGCACAGGGAGCAGCGGAUGCAGUGAAGAAUACUCUGGGAAAUAAUAAUCCAGACAACACCAACACCAACACCAACACCAACCCCAGCUCCACCAAUACCAUCAGCAGUGUUAACCACCCAAGCAACCCAACAUCAACCAGGAUUUGAAGAUUUUUUUUAAUUCAUAUAAUAUUGUUUUUUCUCUAUUCAUUUAUUAUUUGGUCUUUCAUAAGCUUUUAAGACAUGUUGUUGUCUUGGGCAUGUUCUAUCUCUUAUCUGUGGAGGUAGAAACUCCUUUUAUGCUUCUUUCUUUGGGACAUAUCCUUGUGAUCUUAAUAUUGAUCACCCAAA